AUGCAAGGCGUCCCCCUUUAUCCAACCAGUGAAGUUUCAGCACUUGUUGGAUGUGAAGAUGCCGAAAGGGAGCUAGUAUCUCGACUUCUGGACGGCACUGAGGAAAACCUCAGUGUAAUUUCACUGGUGAGCGAAGAAGCAAUUGGCAGGAUAGCUCUGGCAAGGCAUGUUUAUAAGAGACUAGAGAUUCGGCAGCACUUCCAAUGCCAUCUCUGGGUUUGUGUCCGCGAAGAGUUUGCAUAUAAGGAUCUCUUGCUCAUCAUACUCAAACAGAUUCCGAAAUGCUUAUUGAAGGACAUAGAGCUUAUGAGCCAGAAGGAGCUACGUCAAUUGGUUUUCCAGACUUUAAUGAAGUUCAGGAAUCUAAUGGUGUUGGAUGACGUGUGCACGAAGGAUAUCUGGUUCAACCUUUUACGUCCCUUUGCAGACUCCACAAAUGGAAGCAGGGUCAUCCUUACUACUUGCCAUUUUAAUGUAGCAUCAGAAGCUGACCCAUGGAGUAGUUCAUUGACUCUGAGGCAGUUAACUGAAGAGGAGAGUUGGGGUUUGCCACCGGCAAUCCUCCUACUGGGAGGACUAUUGUCAACCAUAGAAUUAAGUGACUGGUCAAGAGUAAUUGAUCGUUCACAAUUUGGUGAAGAUAAAUCAGCUCUCUUAAAUAUUGUAGCUCUGAUGAGCUAUAAUGAACUUCCAUCUGUGAUAAAGCCAUGUUUCCUUUAUUUGGCUCUCUUUCCCAAGGCAUAUGAGAUCCCCAAACGAAGGCUGUUGCAGUUGUGGCUUGCGGAGGGAUUUGUUCAAUUGUCAUCUGAUGAGGCUAGCGUCCCCAUUGAAGAUAAGGCCAAGAUAUAUUUGGAGGAACUAGUGUCUAGAUAUGGCUUCUUCUUGCCAAAAGCUGAGGAGGAGGGAUUUCUACACGUCCACCAUUGCAGGUCAGAAUGUACAUCUGCAGAUUCAGAAAUAUUUAAGGUUCAGAGGCUCACAGAUCAAUUCGGUGUCUCAAAAUCUCAUAUCGGAUACCUAUUGUGCGUAUAUUUCUUUCAAAGCUGGAAAACAAGGUACAUCCAAUAG